CGCCUCGCCCUUGCCAAACAUGCACUUCAGCGAGCCGAUAUCCACGUAGUCACUUCCUUCCACAAUCUCCGACCACGCGACGUAAUUACCCCGUGUCUAGCACACUCCUUCCUGUUUCCCCUACAUUACACCUACUAUUUUUGAUCCCAUCCCGAACUUGUUUUCGGCGCUUCUACAAGGGCCCAGGUAAAUCAUUAAAUAUUGGUAUUCCUUUUCUCGUCUACGCCACUCCGAAACCCACCCAAAUCACAACCAUGAAGCGAGGCAAGAUUCUUCGAAAGGUCCUCGCUCUUUUAGAGGGCUUUGACUUCGAAUCAGUCAUCCAGCCAUGGAACGCCGAGGAGGGACAUAUCCUCAUGUUCUUCAUUGAGUCUAACCUUUCCGCGACGAUGGCCAUGUCUGUCAUCAUGGCACCAAUUGAGCGCCUUUUUCUCACCUGUAUCCAGCAUGAGGACCUCUUCCGUCGACUCUGCGGCGCCAAGGACUUCUAUUACACGAUCAUGGCGGAUUGGAAUGUAGAGCAUCGGGAUGCACCAUUCAGCCCUGCCUCUAUUGAAAAAGCUAUUGUGCUAUUUAUUAAUGCUCGUCGUCAAUACAUGGGCAAGAAUCCAUCUUCGCAGGUCGCCAAUGCGGUGACUACUUGCGUUGACCACUUCGCCGCGAUAAUUGACAACGUUGGUACUACUAUGCUCUUCGAUCACGUCUCUGGCCUAAGAGCACCAUCGGGUCAUGAGACAAACGACACAUGGCCACCCGCCCACUUCGGUCCAAUUGACCUCUCAAUUUUGGGCGAGUCGACAAUCCACAAUCAGCUCUUCGGUGUCAAUCACGAGAACAAGCUUAACGCUCCGAGAUAUCUUAGCAACCAAGAUACUCCCACUGAUGCGCGCAUGUACCUCAGCUGGCUCGCCUUGACGGAGUUAAAGCCAUCCAACCCGGCCACCUCGCUAUUUAUGGCCCCCGUUGCAUUCGUUUCGGACAAGCAUCGCCGUGAAUGGUACAAGCCCACAGGACACAAUUCUCGCUAUUACGCCACUGUCGAUGAAUUUUGUGUCUGGGCUCGGAACGAAUUCAAGGUUAAGAAGGACGGGGAGCGUGUAAGACAACACGUAAUGGGCUUACUUACUCCGUGGUUCGUCGACGUCGACGAAGUCACUACGGAGGCCCAGAAUAGAGACGUACUCGCCUUGGUCGUUUGGCAGAACGGGUGCCUUAGAGCUGGGAUGGUAGUAUGCCUAACUAAACUCAAAUAUCUCGGUGUUCACAUCUCUUGUCGAAUUACCCUAUUCAAACCUGGCCCCCCUCACUAUGAACAGCCAGCUGAACCGUCCGAGCGAGCAGCAAAGCAGAAUUCAUGGGAAGAAGCAAUCUUGAAGAGAGUGAAGAGUGACUUCAUGAUAACCGAAGGUUGGACCGGUGGUCAGACCCAAGACUACAACGCAAUGCCGACUAGCCACGAUGCCGUGGAGGCGUCGAGUAAAUUCGUCACGGAAGUCAUGCGAGACCCCGAGACACUACCUACUACACCCAAGAAGUGUUUCGAGAGGGGAUUCGAGUCUAUGGAUAACACCAUCUUUCGGUAUUUAGUUCAUGUUCCUAGACCGGUGGCGAGUGGUGGUGAUGAUGCGAUGGAUAUUGAUACGCCAGCAAUGGGGGGAACACUGAUGCUACCGUACCGGCCAAAGCCUGGUAACUAAACUCUGCGGAUGGAAAACGGCCAUAAUGGCGUAGGGUAGAUAGGAACUGCAAUGAAUUCACAGUCAUAAAAAUGGAAUUC